GAGGGGGAUUGUUGAAAAGGCAGAAGGCCAACUUGUGUGGCCACAGUCUGGUGAAGGACCUCAGAGAGCCAGAAAGAAGAAACUGAAAGUGUAAUCAUCAUGCCGUUCCUUCUAGACGUCGUCUGUGGAGGUUUGAUUCUGCUGCUGGGAACUGAGAUCCUCUGGGUGGCUGGUGCACAGAAGCGCUGUGAUAAGGAUAUCACGAUGGUAACUAAAUCCAAGUGUCAUUCCUGCUCCUUAUCACAUUUAGCGAAGUGUCCCAAUGGAUACGCUAAGAUGCCACCAGGCACAAGCGAUAGGGACUGCAGGUAUUAUGUCACACCUGCUUUUUCUAUCUCGGGCUGUUCGUUUAAUUGCUUCAAAGAAGUGGUGGAGCCCCAGUGCUGUCGAGGUUAUUGGGGCAAUGACUGCAUGGAGUGUCCAGGAUCAGCAUCGACGCCAUGCAGCAAUAAUGGAGUCUGCUCUGAUGGUAUAGCAGGCAAUGGGACUUGCACUUGCGCAUCUGGUUUUACAGGAGCAGCUUGCGAGGAAUGCAAAACAGACUUAUAUGGACCCACUUGCAGUAAUGUGUGUCGUUGCAAGAAUGGACUGUGUAGCAGCGGUUUGAAAGGAACAGGAGAGUGCACAUGUUUUUCUGGGUACACCGGCUUAGACUGCGCCCAAGAGCUCCCUGCAUGUGCUGCUUUGCAGUGUGGGCCGGAUUCUCGUUGUAUCGAGGAAAUGUUGACAGGGCAGCUUGUGUGCAAGUGCAAACCUGGUUAUCAAGGGGAUGGAGUACAGUGUACAUCAAUCAACCCGUGCUUGAGGAGUGUGUGCCAUGCGAAUGCAGUGUGUGCGCAUACGGGACCGAACAAGCAUGUCUGCACAUGUACAGAAGGCUAUAGUGGCGACGGUCGAGUCUGCAUGCCCAUUGACCCAUGCCAGACUAAUCUAGGCAACUGCACAUCUGGCUCUACCCGCUGUGUGUAUGACGGUCCCGGAAAAGCUCACUGUGAGUGUUUGAAGGGAUUCGAGAAGUUUGUUGAAGGGCAGGGCUGCAAUAUUAUAGAUCUGUGCAAACCAGACUCCUGCCAUAAAUACGCCACCUGUGCCACAGCUGAACCAGGAACAGUGGAAUGUAACUGUCGCGAAGGUUUCAUUGGGAAUGGAAAAAUAUGCUUUGGGGACAUCAUUCAACAGCUGAAUGAAAUGAAUUCGAAGCCAGGAGGAAAAUGGACGGGUCAGCUCUCCAGUGCCAUCACACUGUUCAAUCAAGUCACAGGAUGGUUCUUAACCGCUCGUGGACCAUUUACCGUGUUUGUCCCAGUGAACAAGGCUUUUAAGGGCACGUCUGUGAAAUCCCUGCUGGCUGACGAGAUGAAAGCUCGCUAUCUUGCUAAGCUACACGUGGUUGCUGGAGAGGUGAACUCUGAGUCUCUGAAGAAGGGAAUCCUCUUCCAUACGCUCACCGGCAUGGGUGCAGAAUCAAUGAUAGAUGCAGAGCAGGUGAAGAUACGUCUUCAUGGAAGCCGUAAGAAAGGAGCGCUCGUGGAGUCUGACGUCUUUGCCUCAAAUGGAAUGAUUCAUUUGAUCGACAAGCUGAUGGAUGCAGUUCCUUCCACUGUGAUCAGCGAGAAAGAGGAAAGCUUGCUGGAGAUUCUCUCUAAAAAUGGAAAGUUCUCUCAGUUCAAGUCUCUGCUUGAGAAAACCAAUUUGGCAACUGUUUUAGAAGAAGACGGACCGUACACACUGUUUGCGCCAACAAAUGUGGCUUUUGCCUUGAUGAAGCCAGACUAUUUAGCCUACCUAAAAUCUGAAGAGGGUAAAACAAAACUACUUGAACUGAUGCGCAAUCACAUAGUGUCCACGACUCCGCUAAGCGCCUAUGUUAUUGUGUCAAACCCUCGUGCUGUGACCAUGGCUGAACAGAUCCUGACAUUUAAUGUGACUACUGCUGGGCAGAUUCUAGUCAAUGGGGAAUCUGUAAUUGAACUGGACGUUGAAGCAAAGAAUGGCCGUCUUCAUUCACUUGAGGGUCUUCUGAUACCUCCGUCUAUAGAGCCCAUCCUACCUCACAGGUGUGACAUCAUAAAGCCCAUUAAGUAUAUGGCUCCAUGUGUUAGCUGUACACUUAUCUCCAAAUCUACUUGUCCAACUGGUGAAUCACUGAAGGCAUACAAUAGAGGCUGUGUUUUCAAUAAGAAGCAACUUGGCCUGAGCUUACCCAGCAUUGGCUGUUCCCACAUCUGCAAUGACACAAAGACUACUCCUCAGUGCUGUAAAGGUUUUUUUGGACCUGACUGUUCCCCAUGCCCGGGUGGUUUUACCACCCCCUGUUCCUCUCACGGGACGUGCUCAGAAGGCAUUGAUGGAAACGGCACGUGCCAGUGUGAGCCCAAGUUCAAAGGAUCGCGCUGCCAAUAUUGCGCUGACUCCAACAAAUAUGGCCCGAACUGUGACAAAACCUGUUGGUGCGUACACGGCACAUGCGAUAACCGUCCAGAAGCCAGUGGGAAAUGUAAGCAGGGCUCCUGUAAAGACGGCUAUACCGGAGAGUACUGCGAGCUGCAGACCCAGCCGUGUGGACCAAACCAGCCCUGUCAUGCACAUGCCAACUGUGUGUCCAAUAAAGGAGCAUUCACGUGUGUUUGUAAACCUGGUUUUCAAGGAGAUGGAUACAUGUGCAUGGAAAGUGAUCCCUGCGCUUUACCUCAUCGCGGAGGCUGCAGCAAAAAUGCCAUAUGCAUAAAGACUGGUCCCGGGACACACAAGUGCAAGUGUCUGAGUGGAUGGAGGGAGGAUGGAGAUGAGUGCCAGGCCAUUAAUAACUGUCUGGAUCCAUCUAGAGGAGGGUGUCACCCCAAUGCCACCUGCAUCUACGUGGGGCCAGGACAGAUUGACUGUGCUUGCAAAAGUGGUUACCACGGCAACGGGAGGGAGUGUGAACCUGUCAAUCAGUGUGUGGAGCAGAAGGGUGGAUGCCAUUUCCUGGCCACCUGCCAGUUCCUGAACCCAGAUGGAUGGCAUUGUGUGUGUGAAGAUGGCUAUGCUGGUGACGGGAAAAUUUGUUAUGGUACUUUACUGCAGGAGGUGUCGACAAACCCAGAUCUUCUGGGAUUUAACCAGUGGAUCUCCAAAGCAGAACUUUCUCAGCUGCUGUCAGAGAGAGAAAAUCUCACACUAUUUGUGCCGUCGGCUCAAGCCAUAGAGAAAAUGAGUAAAGAAGACAAAGACUUCUGGAUGACCCCCAGUAACCUUCCAAGUCUUGUCAAAAAUCACAUCCUUUCUGGGAGUUUUACUCUCAGUGAUCUUAACACCUCCCCAUCCCAACGACUGGUUUCCCUUUUGAAAAGGACACUUCCUGUUUACUCGACCAAUGAUACAACCAUUGUUGCAGGAGGAAAAAUUACAUUUGGAGAUAUGGCAGCAAAGAAUGGAGUUAUACAUCUUAUUGACACAGUGCUGAUCCCAGAGCAGCAGAUGAGCGAAGGUUUACUGCUGGUUUUGAGAAAGAGGUCUGAUCUCUCUCUCUUCUAUGGCUCUCUUAUGAACCACAACCUGACAAACGAAAUGGAGGAAUCUUUGGGUUUUACAGUGUUUGCUCCAACAGAUAACGCAAUACAAGAUUACCUAAAAAGAACAGGCAAAGAAUCACUGGAUUUGAAUGUGACCAAGUAUCACAUUAUACUGACUGAGAUUUUAAAAGACGUAGAUUUGGUGGAUGGACUGUACAAGGACACCAUGCUGGGCUUCCAAUACCAACUGGGAUUUUUCCGUCAAGAUAAGAGAUUGCUUGUAAAUGAGGCUGAGGUGAAUGUGACAGACUUGGAGACCAGUAAAGGCGUCAUUCACAUCAUAUCUGCUGUCCUCAAUAUCCCCAGCAAUCGCUGUGACAAAGCUACCAGUAUUCUUUUCUCGGGACGUUGCAUGGACUGUUUCCAAACAAUUAUAAACCCAUGUCCUUCAGGAACUAAAAAAGUGAUGAGCAGAAAGAGAAGAUGCAUGUACAGCCGGGUGUUGCAUGGAGACACACUGCUGACCAUUGGAUGUAAAUUUUCUUGUGAGAAAAUCACCAUUGAAAGAAUAUGUUGUUCGGGUCAUUAUGGUAUCAACUGUGAGAAGUGCCCGGGAUCCGAAGAUCAGUCUUGCUUUGGCAACGGCAUAUGUAAAGACGGCAUCAAUGGCACAGGGGUCUGUCUGUGCAACCAGGGCUUUAACGGCACCGCAUGUGAAUCCUGCCAGCCUGGCAAAUAUGGAAUUCAUUGUGAUCAAGAGUGCAAAUGUGUCAACGGACGCUGCAAAGAUGGUAUAGAUGGAGAUGGCAGCUGUGCAUGUGAUCUGGGCUGGAGAGGAGUAAACUGCGACAUUGCUAUUAAAUCAGAUAUGUGCGGAGGAAAGUGCCACAGCAGUGCCAACUGCUUGGUGAAUGUGGUGGACAGCUCAUAUUACUGUAGUUGUGCUGCAGGAUUUCAGGGAAACGGCACAUAUUGUGAAGCUAUAGAUGCAUGUGCAGAGAGGAAUGGAGGUUGCUCAGCCCAUGCUGUGUGCAAGCGUACUCUUCCUGGAAGGAGAAUAUGCAUGUGCCAUCCAGGUUAUGAAGGCGAUGGAAAGGUUUGCACUUCCAUCAAUCCAUGCUUGGAUGGUGUAAAUGGAGGAUGCCAUGCGGAUAGUAACUGCAUUCAUACAGGCCCUAAUAAAACAGCAUGCCACUGCAAGGAGGGAUUUUAUAAGGAUGGAAAGAAUUGUGAACUUAUCAAUCUUUGUAAGGAGAAAAAUGGAGGAUGUCAUAGGGCAGCCAUUUGUACUAUGACAGGACCCCUGCAACGGAACUGCACAUGCCAUGCUGGUUAUGUUGGAGAUGGAGAGAUCUGCAAAUACACCCUGCAAAGAGAAUUACCAAUUGGAACUGCAAGGACUGCAUUUGUCAAGGCACUAUUUAAAAACCGUAUUUAUGAACUUGACACCCGUGGCCCCUUUACAGUCUUUGCCUUCAGAUCAGAAAAUUAUAAAAACCAGUCAAUAGAUCUUCUAAAGCGGACUCCUGAAAACACCAGAAUCAUGAGGUACCACAUAGUGUGCUGCCGGACCCUCCUUCCACAAGACCUCAUGCAGCCUCGUAACCUGACCACACUUUCUGGGGACAUCCUCUCCAUCACAUACUCUGAGGAUACUAUAUACAUCAAUAACAAGGCCAAAGUGCUGUUCAGCGAUAUUGAAAGCAGCAACGGAAUUUUACACGAGAUCGACUCUGUCCUGGUCCCACCUGGAUUAGAGAUUCGGGAAGACAAAAAGCAAGACAUCAUACCGCGUAACUUUUCAGAAGUGGCCAGUGCCAAUGGUUUCAAGACAUUCUUCAAGCUUCUUGAGGACACUGAUACAUUGAAGUUGGUGAUGGACCCGAUUCAUCAGCCAGUCACACUGUUUAUGCCCACGGAUGAUGCAAUGUCUGCUCUGUCUCAAGAGCAGAAAGACUUCCUGUAUGCAAUGCAUAAUCGUGAUAAACUAUCUGAGUAUCUCAGAUACCACAUCCUGCGGGACACCAAGCUCAUGGCUUCAGAACUCAUCUACGCCAGCUCUUUGAAAACUCAGCAGGGCUCAGAUCUGUCAGUGGCCUGCAUGGGGGAAGAGCAAAUAGGGGAGCUUUAUGUGAAUCAUAAAGGCUGUCGUAUUGUAAAGAGAUAUCUUGAUUUUAAUGGAGGCAUGAUUUAUGGCAUUGACUGUCUGCUGAAUCCUCCAAGCCUUGGGGGACGUUGUGAUCACAGGCAAACCAUUGAUUUCACGUUAGCUUGCCGGAGUUGUGGGAGCAGUAUUAUGGAUUGCCCACUUGGAAGCAAGCCAGUGGGAGAACAAGAGUGUGUCCUUCCAGAUUCUGUUAUAUUAAGGGGAUCAAAAUGUCAAUCAACAUGUAAAGUGGUCGUGUGGAAGCCCAAGUGCUGUUCAGGGUACUACGGCAGGGACUGUCUUGCAUGCCCUGGAGGUCCACAAUCUCCUUGCAGCAACCAUGGGAAAUGUGAUGAGGAUCAUUUAGGCAAUGGCACCUGUACUUGUGACACUGGAUUUACAGGUGUAGCCUGCGAGUCGUGUUUGGAUGGCCAUUUUGGACCAGAUUGCAAAGCCUGCAAUUGCACAGAACAUGGGUCAUGUGAUGAGGGUCUUCAAGGUACUGGGUCAUGUUUUUGUGAAGAGGGCUGGACUGGUCCGCAAUGUGAAAACAAGUUAGCCGAUGGUCCUGUUUGCAAGUACUGGAACGGCGGCUGUUCAAAGGAUGCGAAAUGCAGUCAGAAGGGGGAGAAAGUGAGCUGCGCGUGUCUCCAAGGGUUUUCUGGCGAUGGUUUUGUUUGCACACCCAUCGACCCCUGUGUUGAUGGUGAAAAUGGAGGGUGUCAUGAACACGCCACCUGCACCAUGACUGGACCUGGUAAGAGGAAAUGUGAGUGUAAAGAUAGCUACGUUGGCGAUGGGAUCGAUUGUGAAGCAAAGGUGUUGCCUGUCAAUCGCUGUCUAGUAGAUAACGGACAGUGCCAUUCAGAUGCUCAGUGCACAGACCUGCACCAUGAGGAUAAAACAUUAGGGGUUUUCCAUUAUCGCUCCACCAAUGGAACAUACAAGCUCAACUACACCAUGGCACAGGAGGCCUGCAAGGAGGCGGGAAGCACCAUCGCUACCUACAUGCAGCUGUCCUAUGCGCAGCAGGCAGGGUACAGCUUGUGCACAGCAGGCUGGCUUGACAAAGCAAGGGUCGCGUAUCCCAUGAGCUUCUCUAGCCCUAGAUGUGGCUCCGGACACGUUGGUAUUGUGGAUUACGGGGUCCGGAAUAACCUAAGUGAGACGUGGGACACAUUCUGCUACAGAGUAAAAGAUGUGCAGUGUAAAUGUAAAACUGGCUACAUUGGUGAUGGAUUCUCCUGUACUGGAAACUUGAUGCAGGUUCUCUCUGCAACACCGACCCUGUCUAACUUCCUGUCUCAAAUCCUGAAUUAUUCAACAUCUGCAUCAGGAAAAGCAUUCGUGAAUCGCCUUCGGAACAUCACUAUCCAGUCCACUCUGUUUGUACCUGAUAACGAUGGUCUCUAUAGCAACCAGACUUUAAGUGGCAGAGACAUAGAGCACCAUCUCCUGGAUGGGAGGGCUUUAAUACUGCAGGCCCUUAUUAACGUCACUCAUGUCCGAACACGACUGGGCUCCAGUCUGACCAUCACCGGUGUGCCUGACCUCCAGAACCCUCAAAAAAUGACCUCCUCAGGAUACAUCAACGACCGGUAUGUCAUAGACUCCAACAUUUUUGCAUCCAACGGGGUGAUCCACGUUCUGCAGGGCCCACUGAAAGCGCCUCCACCUCCAACUCCCUCCUUCCACCCGGCUCAUCAGGCUGGGUUGGGCAUCGGCGUCCUGGGGCUCAUCAUUCUCAUCGUAGUGGCUGGAUUCGUGGGAUACAAUUUCUACACACAUAAAACAAAGCCAUUCCAGUUCCACUAUUUUAAGGAGGAUGAAGGGGAAGAUGUCACCCCAACAGAAUCCAGUCCAAACAUCAGUAAUCCUGUAUACGACGCUGCUCCUGCCAUUAAAGAACAACCACCAACGGAAGAAGACAAGCAUCAAGUGAUUUCCAGUGGAGUCUUUGAGCUCCUGCAGGACAGCUGAAAUCACCUCUGAAACCAAGCAGUCGGUGCAGCUCUCUUUCUGAACACAAGAGGAAAAUGUGAACUCCAUGUUGCAGUGAUGGGACUUUACAUGCUAACAGUAGACAGAGAAAUCAGAAUCUGUGUGUGCAUGUGUGUGAUUGGUGUGUGUGAUGAGUGUGAAUAUGUCAUUUUUAAAACUUGUUUACUAGCAGUUUCUAAAUUCUGUUGUAUUAAAGACAUUAAUAAAUGUCCAACAUGCAAUGAUUUAAAUAACUGCCCUGCUUAAAGCACAAUUUAAGGAAACAAAUGGAAAUAAAAAUAAAGAAGUGUUAAGGUUGUGGAUUA